AAAAAAGUUAAUUUUCGUUUAUUGUUGUUGUGUGGUUUUUGUUGUGUUUCUGUUUAAUUUUCUGUUGUUUUUUGUAGUAACAUUAAAUAAAUAUGGAAGACGGAGAUUUUGAUCAACGUCUGAGAGAUUUGCAAAGAGAAUAUUUGGAGUUUUUAGACGAUGAAGAAGACCAAGGAAUUUAUAUGGAGUUAGUUAAGCAAAUGAUAGCGGAUAAGUCUAAACGAUUAGUUGUAAAUGUGAACGAUCUCAGGAGAAAGAAUCCACAAAGAGCUAAGAAUUUGCUUGAGAAUGCUUUUGAAGAACAAAUAGCGUUCCAGCGUGCUCUCAAAGAAUAUGUGUCUUCAAUUGAUCCUACAUAUGCUAAAGUCCAAGAAGAGUUUUUUGUUGCCUUCUCUGGAAGCUUUGGAAACAAACAUGUAACCCCAAGAAGUUUAACGUCGAGGUACUUGGGCAACCUAAUAUGUGUGGAAGGUAUAGUAACCAGGGUGUCCCUGGUGCGGCCCAAGGUAGUGCGCAGUGUACAUUACUGCCCUGCUACAAAGAAGGUUAUGGAACGGAAGUACACCGACUUGACAUCUUUUGAAGCUUUCCCUACUUCAGCUGUGUAUCCUACAAAGGAUGACGAAGGAAAUCCCCUGGAAACUGAAUAUGGUUUGUCACGGUACAAAGACCACCAGACACUCACAGUCCAGGAGAUGCCGGAGAGGGCACCUGCGGGCCAGCUGCCGCGGAGUGUGGACGUGGUCUGCGACGACGAUCUGGUGGAUAAGUGCAAGCCUGGAGACAGGGUGCAGGUGGUUGGGAACUACAGGUGUCUGCCCUCUAAACAAGGCAGUUUCACUGCUGGCACUUUCAGAACCAUCCUCAUAGCCAACAACAUAACCCAAAUAAACAAAGACAUGAACUUGAACGUCACGUUGGAAGACAUCAAGCUGUGCAAGCGUCUGGCCAAGAGAGCCACCGUGGACAUGUUCGAGUUGCUGAGCAAGUCGCUGGCACCGUCCAUACACGGGCACGAGUACAUCAAGAAGGCUAUACUGUGUCUGCUGCUGGGCGGGAUGGAGAAGAUACUGCCUAAUGGCACUAGACUCAGAGGUGACAUCAACGUGCUUCUCAUCGGCGACCCGUCCGUGGCCAAGUCGCAAUUACUCCGCUACGUGCUGCAGACGGCGCCGCGAGCCAUCACCACCACCGGCCGCGGCUCCUCAGGCGUGGGGCUCACCGCCGCCGUCACCACCGACCCGGAGACCGGGGACCGCCGGCUGGAAGCCGGCGCGAUGGUGCUGGCCGACCGCGGCGUGGUGUGCAUCGACGAGUUCGACAAGAUGUCGGACAUCGACCGCACCGNAAACGGGCCGCGUCACCAUACCAAGGCCGGCGUGCACGCCACGCUCAACGCGCGCUGCAGCGUGCUGGCCGCCGCCAACCCCGUGUACGGCCGGUACGACCAGUACAAGACGCCGAUGGAGAACAUCGGGCUCCAAGACUCUUUGCUGUCGCGUUUCGACCUGCUGUUCGUGAUGCUGGACAUCGCCGACGCCGACCACGACAACAUGAUCUCCGAACACGUGCUCAGGAUGCACAGAUACAGAAACCCAAAGGAGCAAGAUGGCGAAGUUCUACCCAUGGGUUCUUCAGUAGAAAUGUUGUCAACAGAAAACCCCGACACUGAAGAAGUUGAUGAGUCCCGCGAGUCGAUAUACGAGAAAUACGACCCUCUACUCCACGGGAACACCCGCAGCAAGAAAGACCAGAUCCUCAGCAGCAAGUUCAUGCGGAAGUACAUCCACAUCGCGCGCCUCAUGAAGCCCAAGCUCACGAGCGACGCGAGUGACGUCAUCGCUGACGAGUACGCGCGUCUGCGCAGCCAGGACACCAUGGACAGCGACGUGGCCAGGACGCAGCCGGUGACGGCGCGCACGCUGGAGACGCUGAUCCGGCUGGCCACGGCGCACGCCAAGUGCCGGCUCAGCUUCCAGGUCACGCAGGACGACGCGCACGCCGCCAUCGAGCUCGUGCAGUUCGCCUACUUCAAGAAGGUGCUGACAAAGGAGAAGCGUCGCAAGCGGCGCGCGUCGUCCGACGAGGAGGCCGCGGGCUCGGACGCCGAGCAGGCCGAGCAGCCGAAGGCCAAGAGAUCGCGAAGGACGGGCGGCGCGGGCGCAAGCGAGGACCCGUACCAGUUCUCGUCGGACGAGGAGGCGGAGCCCGUGCUGCGGGCCGCACGCGCCUCGCAGCCCGAGCCCGCGCAGCGUUCCACUAGGGCUUCGCAGAAGACCAUCGACUCUAAUAGGUUGAGUCAAUUCAAGACCGCGCUACAACAACUAUUCCGGGACGAGCGCGCCAACUCCUUGCCACUUGACCGUAUCACGGCGCACGUCAACGAGGCGUAUGCGCACGAGACGUUCUCCGAAGGCGAGAUACACGCCGCGCUCGACAAGAUGACUCAGGACAACCAGGUCAUGAUGGCGGACGAUAUUGUUUUCUUGAUCUAAUUCUAAACCGAGAUGUUUUGAGAAUAAUCACGUACAACUCCCAGGUAAUGGGUACUCGGCUGUCGCGUUAUUUUCACUUGAGAUUGUGUGACAUUAAACUAUACUAUGUGCUUGGUAAAUACGAAGCUACGUCUAUUUUCCGAAUUGUGGUAAAUCAAAAUCUUUCUUAUUGAUUCUGAUAACUAACUUUUAAUUAAUAUAAUAAUAAUAAUAAAUAACUUUAUUAACACACAUUAUGACAAUACAAUACAAUGGUUAAAAUAAAACGAAAAAGACAAAUGCAUGUUAAUAGGGCGCCCGCUCAGUUUUACUUGGGACACCUUGUAGGAUGUCCCAACACUGAUUUUCAGCAGGAAGCCCUAUCGGCUACUGCGCAUCCCUACGAACCUGGUGUUAGAAGAUCACAUUCAGAACUAAAACGUAUGUUAAUGUUUAAUUAUAAUAUCCUCACCGAUUACAUUUCUGCCUUAUAAAUAUGUACAAAAUAAUGUAACGUUGUAUGAAGCAACCACAUAUCUACCACGAAUUCCAUAAUUGGUUAAAGAAAGUUAAGUUUGGUCAAUUAACUUUGCUAUG